GCCCUCGGUUCCCCUCCGACUCAUUCCAACAUAACAUCGAACUACACAUUUCUCCACGGAACAACAUUACAGCAGCCAUGUCUACAGGCGCGAAGAAACGCAUCAUGAAGGAGUACGCCGAGUGCGCUGCCGACACUCCUGCGGGCAUGAAGAUCAUCUUCGACGAACAGAACAUGACAAAGUGGGAGGUGCUCUUGGAUGGCCCAGACCAAUCCAUCUAUGCUGGUGGCCAUUUCAAGCUCGAGAUCACGUUCCCCAACGAAUACCCAUUUAAGCCGCCGGUUGUCAGUUUCAAGACCAAGAUCUACCACCCCAAUGUCAGCAAUGAUGAUAAAGGAUCCAUGUGCUUGGGGUUGUUGCGUCCCGACGAGUGGAAGCCGCCGAACAAGGUCGUUUCGGUCCUUCGUUUGAUCCAGACGCUCUUGAUCGAGCCGGAUAUCGAUGACUCUAUCGAACCAUCGAUUGCGAACGAAUACAAAGAGAAUCGCAAAGAGUUCGACAAGAAUGCCAAGGACUGGGUGAAGCGAUACGCAAAAUGAGCUUGAUACAAACGACCUUAGCGUGUGGUCGACAUGCCAUUCUGUCGGCGAGAAUCCAGGUCCCCUCGGGUGCACUCUGGGUUCGCGGGACUCGGAUACCCUUCUGGAACAUGGAGUACGAGGGCACACGGACGGGUUACGGAAGGCAUGCAAGACAUGGGAGCUUGGAUUGAGGGUGGUUUUCCGAUUUUCACGGGACUAGCUGGGGAUUCAGGUCAUGGAAAUCGGGUCUUAUGGGAGUUAUCGGUGGCCAAGUGUCGUGUGAGGUAGAUGGGUAGACUCAGUAGAAGAACAUUUUGGGCCUGGAGGUUUUAACUCGCGAUGAUCAUGUCGUCAUGUCAUCACUGGCCAUUGGGGCCUUCUACUCGACACGGAGAAAUUAAAAUGAAGCAUCAAGAUUCAAGGAUCAUCAUGUCUCCUGGAGACAGCAGACUAGAAAUUCCACAGUGACGUA